GAUUUGAAUUCAAAACGAUAUCCUCAAGACAAAAUCAAUAAAUUGAUUGGAGUAUCCUCCAUAGGCCAUAGCUGACAAUUCCAACAACUCUUCUCAAUGGGAGACCCCAACCACCACGAGCACCACGACGCACCCACUCAAGUGAGUGGGACAACACGCGCCAUCAUCAGCGUCGUUGACCACAACCUUCCCUACGACGACUACAACCUCUAUGACGUCAUCUUCCACACCCACACCAUCCACACUCUUCUCACCACUUCUCCCUCCCUCGUCGACACCUGGCUCUCUGACACCCUAAACCACCACUCCUCCUCCACCACCACCACCACUGUCCUCGUCGGCCUCGACAUCGAGUGGCGUCCCAACUCCCACCGCAACUCCAACAACCCAGUCGCCACUCUCCAGCUCUGCAUCGGCAACCGCUGCCUCGUCUUUCAGAUCCUUCACUCCCCUUCGGUUCCGCAGUCUCUCAUUGACUUCCUUGUUAACGAGGGACACACUUUUCUCGGCGUGGGAGUCGAGGAGGACGUGGAGAAGCUUCUGGAAGACUACAACCUCAACGUGAAGAAUUUCGUUGAUUUGAGAAAUCUGGCGGAGAACGUGCUGGGUGAGAGUGAGAUGAAAAGAGCGGGCCUGAAGAGUCUGGCGGAAAGGGUGCUCGGAUUGGAGAUCGAGAAGCCUAAAAGAAUCAGUCGGAGCCGCUGGGAUAACGCGUGGCUCACGGCGGAACAGGUUCAAUACGCAUGCAUUGAUGCUUUCGUGUCGUUCGAAGUUGGAAGAAUGCUGUAUGGGUUUGGAAAUGGAAACGGCUUUUGAUUUUUUAUAUUUUAUUUGUGGAAUCUGUUUCUUCUUGGUAUUAAUUAGUUGUACAGGUAAUGGUUGUGUUGUGACCAUCGCCCAGCUGGUUAAUUUCUCUUGCAAUUUCGGGAUCUAUCUACUGUAGUUUGUUCUUUUCUUUUAAAUCAAGAAUUUAUGGCUAUGAUAGAUUUCUAGUUGUUUACUCGGUUAAAGUUUUAGUAUGAGUGAUGUUUGAGGACCAAAAGGUAA